AUGCUUCAGUUUACCCUGAAGGAACUUUCAGACUCUAUUAAAGGAUCAUCCCUAUUCAAAACAUUAUUUAACCAUUUUCUUAUUCAGCCCACAUUUAUAUCUAUUACACUCAUCCUCUUUUGUUGUGCUUUUAAAAAUCUAUCCUCUCAUUCUUUUAAAACUUUUGCUUUUAUUUGUUUUACAUCAUUUCGUUGCUUAAUACGUCCUUUUUUUCUUUAUUCUAUUAGCAAUUUGUUUUGCUAUAGUUGCAUUUCUUUCAGCAUAGAACUAUCUAUUCAUACAUUUUUUUACUCGUUCUUUUAUCCAGUAUCUCUAUAUUCUUUUUUACUUUCUUUGUCUUUUCAUUCUCUGAAUAUAGUCUUUUCUUUCUUUUUUUCAUUUUACUCUGUGCUUUCUAUCUUUUUUCUUCUCUUCUUUAGUUUUUCUCUUUCUGUUCCUCUUGUUUCUUUCCUUCAUUUGCAAUUACCACCACCUUUUCUAUUCUAUUCCUUCUUUUCUACUUAG